CUGUAUAAUGCGUAUGCAGAGUGUCAGACACACCUCCAGCUGGAGAAGCAGGAGACCCGCAGAGUGAACAGAGUUCUUGACGAGAUCGUCAUGGAGGUGGAGUCCAAGGCUCCAGUCCUGAAGCGUCAGAGGGAGGAGUACGAGAGCAUGCAGAGGUCCAUGGCUUCACUGUGCAACAAGCUAGAGCAGGCCCGGAAGGAGAUCUACAGUUUGCAGAAAGAGAAAGAGGAGGCCAAACAGCGCUAUGAUUCCAUAGAGAGAGAAAAACAGAGGAUAGAUAGGCAGCUAGAGGAUACAUCUACACAGGUGUGUACUCUUCUGGUGCAGCUGGAGGAAGCUAGGGGUAACAAGGUGACCAAGGACGACGGCAGCUCCUCUAACUUCUCCAGCCCCUCGGAAGUCACCAGUCCGCUGUCCUUCCGCAGCGUGGAGGAGUUGCAGAAGCAGAACCAAAGCCUGCUGGGAAGGCUGAGGGAGCUGGAGGAGGAGAAGGACCUCCAGAAGAGCCAAGCCACAUCAGCACGUGUGUCCGAGUUGGAGGCGAGUGUGGAUAAGCUUCAGAAGGAGGUGGAGCAGCUGAGGGAGCAGAGGAACCAGCAGAAACAGCUGGCUGACUCCAACGCCCGGCAGAGGGACAUGUACAAGGCCCUGCUAACUCAGAGCACCGGCUUCAGCCUGCCCCCCCAAGGUCUGGAUUCUCCUUCUCAACCUGCACCUGUUAGGCCGUCAGUUCCUGCUACUCGCUCUACUCCUCAGAGAGUUGCUGCUGCUGAGUCAGCACAGACUGCUCAGACUAAAGCUGCCUUAAAACAGCUGAAUGACGCCUUCAUUCUGUAUAAGAAGGAGAAGGCAGAGAACGACAGGUUGCUGAAUGAAACCAACGACCGGCUGCAGAAGCAGCUCAAUGAUCUCCGCUCCAGUCACGCCAAACUCACCUCUCAACUUGAGUUCAGCAGCAAGAGGUACGAGAUGCUCCAGGACACCGUGUCAGCCCAACGCAGAGAGAUCUCCGCUCUACAGGAAAGGAACCAAAAGAUGGCUGCCACUGCCCAACGGCACGAGCAAAUCAUCCACACCAUGAGCCAGGACCUGCGGCAGGGUAACGAGAAACUGGCGCUGGAAGAGGUGCGUGUCGAGAACUUGACGAAAGAAAAAGACAUGUUGAGACAAGCAGAGAGUCGACUCAAUAGAGAGAAGGAAUCCAUUCUGGUGGAGCAACGCAACCAGAACCUGCUGCUGACCAAUCUGAAGACCAUACAGUUGACGAUGGAGCGUACAGAGACAGAGACUCGCCAGAGACUGAACAACAAGGUGGAGCAUUUGGAGGCAGAACUGGCUGCAAUGAAGACCAAGCAGGACCAGGAAGUAGCACAGAGACACGCCCUGGGGCGCACCAUGGAU